AUAUAAUGAAGGGAGAAUCCGUGUCAUUUCUGACUUGACGAAAGAAGUGACGAUUAAACAAUUGACAGCAUAUAAGACGUUCGACAACAUGGCUACCAAAGGAUUGGCUAUUAUCGCAGGAGUCGGCCCUGGCACGGGCGCUUCCAUCGCCAGACGCUUUGCCAAAGCAUACUCGGUGAUAGUGCUUAGCCGCAACCCCGCGAACUUCGAACCUCUUGUUCAAGAAAUCAACUCUAGCGGUGGACAGGCCCUAGGAAUCAGUACGGACGUGACAGACUCGGCAAGCGUAAAGUCUGCGUUCGAGAAGAUCUCCCAGCAGUACGCUGGUGUUCCUCUCGCAGCGGCCGUGUUCAACCCUAGCGGUGGAUUUGCGCGCAAACCUUUCCUCGAGCUCACGGAGGAAGAAUUCUCCCAGGGGUUCGAGAACCAAGGAAAGGGAGCUUUCAACUUCGCCAAAGGCGCUUUGCCUCUCCUGCUUCAGGCGCAAGGCCUGCAGCAUCCACCAACUCUAAUCUUCACGGGGGCUACAGCCAGCGUGAAAGGGUCUGCGAAUUUCGCGGCCUUUGCAACAGGCAAAUUUGCUCUACGAGCGUUGGCGCAAUCACUGGCGCGAGAGUUCGGACCGAAGGGCGUCCACGUCUCUCACGUCAUUAUCGAUGGGGUCAUAGAUAUCCCCAGAACGAAGGCGUGGACAUUCGAGCAUGAAGACGCUAAACUUGACCCAGACGCUAUUGCAGAGUCGUAUUGGCAUUUGCACACCCAGCCGCGCACGACAUUCGGGUUCGAGCUAGAUCUUCGCCCAUAUGUGGAGAAAUGGUAACCAAGAGGUCGAAGGAGUACUCCGUAUAUCAGCUGAUGAUAAUGAAUCAUUAAUAUUGUUUUCUUUCCGUGAUAAAGUUGGUGCGCAGUAGUAGCGCUGUAACCUUCGGGCCGAUCUCUCUGUUGCAGUAAAACUCCGGGGGAAUGAGGAGGGGAAACUCUCUUCAAAUAAAUUGAUUCUCGAGACAAUGAUCUCAUUGAAGGUAUUGGCGAAGGUGAUCGUCAUUCAGAAGGAUAAUUCUGUUUCAGUUGUUGCUUCAAGUUUUUCCGAGAUGCCUGAAUUACUCCAUGCCCAGUAUAAAAAGAACUACUGCUUAAUCACAAUUAUAGCACUAUGAUCGCUC